UCCAGCAGACCGGCAACGGCCGCAUUUACCCAAGUUUGGACCCCUUGCGAUCUAUCACUGGAACGGGGGGUGGGUGGAGGGCCAUACUUCAAGGCAGGGCCGGUUUUGCGAGAUAAAAAGAAAACGCGAGGCUCGUCGGGUUGUGUGCAGCGCCGUGGAGGUGGCUUGGUCGACGUGUGUCGCUAAAAGAUGACACCGGGGAGAACUUGGCGCUGCUUGGGUUCAAGUUGGAGUGGCGAAAAGCAGGUAUCCCUGUCUAGGCCCGGACUGAGCAAAUUGUUCUGAAAGGAAAAGAAUAACAAACGGGGGAAGUGAACAUGGCUGGGACCUCAGGCUUCUUUUCCAACGGGCCCGUUCCCUGGAUAGAAAAUGACACAGAGAUGAACAACCUGUACAGAGACCUGGAGCUGGGGACGGUCCUGACACUGUUUUACUCCAAGAAGUCUCAGCGACCAGAGAGAAGGACAUUUCAAGUCAAAUUAGAGACAAGGACCAUUAUUUGGACCCGGGGAACUGAUAAAAUAGAAGGGGAGAUUGACGUUAGAGAGAUCAAGGAGAUCCGUCCUGGACAGAAGUCACGGGACUUUGAGCGCUAUGUUGAGGACUCGGCAGCGCGACUCGACCAGGCUCACUGCUUCGUCAUCCUUUACGGCACCGAGUUUCGCCUCAAAGCGCUCAGCCUAGCAGCAACGUCCGAUGAGGAGAUGACCAUGUGGGUGAAGGGGCUGAACUGGUUGGUGGCUGACACACUAAAAUCCCCCACGCCGCUCCAGAUAGAGAGGUGGUUACGGAAGCAGUUCUGUGCCGUGGAUCGCAACAGGGAAGACAAGAUAUCCUGUAAGGAUCUGAAGAACAUGCUGAGCCAGGUCAACUACAGAGUCCCCAACAUGAGGUUCCUCCGAGAGAAGCUUCCGGACUCAGAGCUGAGGAAUGGAGACGUGUCCUUCUGUCAGUUUGCUCAUCUCUAUCGUAGUCUCAUGUUUGAUGCUCAGAAAAAUAUGGAGAUUCCAUUCCUACAGAGGAAUGUUGACAGGCCUGAACAAAGGAUCUCUUUAGAGGAUUUCAAAAGCUUCCUUCUGGAGUCUCAAAAGGAACUGUGGGCCACAGACAACAACAAGGUGCAGGAGUUUAUGUUCGGCUACCUGAAAGACCCCCUGCGAGAGGUGGAGCAGCCUUACUACUACCAAGAUGAGUUCCUGACCUACCUGUUCUCUAAGGAGAACACCAUAUGGGAUGCCUCACUGGAUCAGGUGUGUCCUGAAGACAUGAACAACCCCUUGUCCCACUACUGGAUCUCCUCCUCGCACAACACCUACUUGACGGGAGACCAGUUUUCCAGUGAGUCUUCUCUGGAGGCGUACUCUCGCUGUCUGAGGAUGGGCUGUCGCUGCAUUGAGUUGGAUUGUUGGGACGGUCCAGAUGGAAUGCCAGUCAUCUACCACGGACACACCCUCACAACGAAGAUCAAGUUCUGCGACGUCCUGACAACUAUCAAAGAGCACGCCUUUGUCACGUCUGACUUUCCUGUCAUCCUGUCCAUUGAGGACCACUGUAGCAUUGUGCAGCAGAGAAACAUGGCCACCUCCUUUAAGAAGGUGUUUGGGGACAUGCUGCUUACCAAGGCUGUGGACAUCUCUGCCGACGGCCUGCCGUCACCGAACCAGCUAAAGAGAAAGAUCCUCAUCAAGCAUAAGAAGCUCGCAGAAGGAAGUGCCUAUGAGGAGGUUUCCACCUCCACUCCCUACUCCGAGAAUGAUAUUAGUAACUCCAUCAAAAAUGGCAUCCUGUUCCUCGAGGACCCCAUCAACCAUGAGUGGUACUCUCAUUUCUUUGUCCUGACCAGCAGUAAGAUCUACUACUCGGAGGAGACCUCCAGUAACCAAGGCAACGAUGACGAGGAGGAACACCGGGAGGUGUCUAACGGUAUGGACCAGCAUGUGACAGAAAAGUGGUUCCACGGGAAGCUGGGUGCAGGGCGGGAUGGGAGGCAGAUAGCCGAGAGACUGCUGUCUGAGUACUGCCUGGAAACCGGAGCUCCUGAUGGCUCCUUCUUGGUGCGAGAGAGUGAGACCUUCGUUGGAGACUACACACUAUCCUUUUGGCGAUCGGGGCGGGUGCAGCACUGUCGGAUCCAUUCUCGUCAGGAGGCAGGCAGCCCGAAGUUCUACCUGACUGACAACCUGGUGUUCGACACGCUCUUUGCCCUCAUCACCCACUACCAGCAGGUGGCACUGCGCUGCAACGAAUUUGAGAUGAAGCUGACCGAGCCUGUGCCUCAGACCAACGCCCAUGAGAGCAAGGAGUGGUACCAUGCCAACCUGUCACGGAGCCAUGCGGAGAACAUGCUGAUGAGGGUUCCACGUGACGGGGCCUUCCUUGUUAGGAAGAGAGCGGAGCCGAACUCCUACGCCAUCUCCUUUAGAGCUGAGGGCAAGAUUAAGCACUGUCGCGUCCAGCAGGAGGGCCAGACUGUGGUGUUGGGCACGUCGGAGUUUGACAGCCUGGUAGAUCUCAUCAGCUACUAUGAAAAGCACCCGCUGUACCGCAAGAUGAAGCUACGCUACCCCAUCAAUGAGGACACACUGGAGAAAAUAGGCACUGCAGAGCCAGACUAUGGAUCCCUGUACGAGGGGAGGAACCCGGGCUUCUACGUCGAGGCCAAUCAGAUGCCUACGUUCAAGUGCACGGUGAGGGCCAUGUAUGAGUAUAAAGCCCAGAGGGACGAUGAGCUCUCAUUCACCAAGAAUGCCAUAAUCUCUAAUGUGGACAAACAGGAGGGAGGGUGGUGGAAGGGUGACUGUGGUGGGAAGAAGCAGCUGUGGUUUCCUGCCAACUAUGUGGAAGAGAUCAGUCCAUCAGCUGUGGAGCCUGACCGAGCGGAGAUGACAGAGAACAGCCCUCUGGGAGAUCUGCUGAGAGGAAGUGUGGACGUGUCUUCCUGUCAGAUUGUUGUGCGCCCAGAUGGAAAAGGCAGCAGGCCGCAUGUUUUCUCUCUAAUGCCGGCAGCCUCUCCGCGUGCUGGCCAAGUGCUGGACAUUGCUGCUAACAGCCAGGAAGAACUCAAGGACUGGGUGGUUAAGAUCCGAGAAGUCACGAUGACCUCGGAAGCUAAGCUGGAAGAGGGGAAGAUGAUGGAGAGGAGGAAGAAAAUUGCACUGGAACUGUCCGACCUGGUCAUCUACUGCAGACCCGUGCCUUUUGACGAGGAUAAGAUUGGGACUGAGCGGGCCUGUUUCAGAGACAUGUCGUCCUUCCCCGAGACCAAGGCAGAAAAGUACGUCAACAAGAUCAAAGGGAAGAAGUUCUUGCAGUACAACCGCCUGCAGCUUUCUAGGAUCUACCCCAGAGGCCAGAGGCUGGACUCCUCCAACUAUGACCCGCUGCCCAUGUGGCUCUGUGGAUCCCAGCUGGUGGCGCUCAACUUUCAGACCGCAGACAAACCCAUGCAGAUGAACCAGGCGCUUUUCAUGCUAAAUGGGAGGAGCGGCUAUGUUCUCCAACCCCCUAUCAUGAGGGACGAAAACUUUGACCCCUUCGACAGACACACACUACGAGGCGUGGAGCCAGUCACGUUACAGAUAGAGGUACUGGGCGCCCGUCACCUGCCCAAGCACGGACGUGGCAUUGUGUGUCCACUUAUAGAGAUUGAGGUCUGUGGGGCAGAGUAUGACAGUGCCAAGCAGAAGACCGACUCGGAAGCUGAUAAUGGUCUGAACCCUACUUGGCCGCGGAAGCCAUUUUGCUUCACGGUGUGCAACUCUGCCUUUGCCUUCCUGCGCUUUGUGGUGUAUGAGAUUGACAUGUUCAAUGACCAAAACUUCCUGGCUCAGGCCACUUUCCCCAUCAGCAGUCUUAAGACAGGUUACCGGUCAGUCCCCCUUAAAAACAGCUACAAUGAGGAUCUGGAGCUGGCCUCUCUGUUGGUCCACAUGGACAUCAUAAGGGGCAGGGAUGAAAAUGGAGAGGUUCUGAGCCCAUUCCUGGGGGCAGGACCCUCAGCUGUGUCGAUGGUUGCUCAGGCAGGGCGGGAGCGUCUGGCGGACUCGACGUCCUCGACCUCCUCCAACAUGUCUCCGUUGAUCCAGUCCCCAGCCCAGGCUAUGUCCUACAGGGGUAGGGAGGGCUCCUUCGAAGCCCGCUACCAGUCCCCUCUAGAUGACUUCAGGGUGUCCCAAGAGGCACUGCUGGACCACAUGGACCCACAAAACAGAAGGAUGAUGCGGAGGACCAGAGUGGGCGGAGAGAACCGCGUGUAGGUCCAGACCAAUCACGGCGUGUUUCCGUGGCGCAGCCCCCCCUCCCCCCACCUACCAUCAUCCCUACCUCUCCUUUCCCAGUCACCUCUUCACGUACCGAUGAUGUCACUGACUGCUGUGAACACUUGUUUCCAUGGAAACGCCCACCACCGCUUUGGCCUACAUUUCAGGCAGCUCCCCCGCCCUCCAAUUUCCACCUGCCUCUCUCUCUCCCCCAUUCCCACCCCGGGCUCCUGUCCACCCGCCUGAAGACGGAGCGGUUUCGGACGUGGGGGCGGGGUUGGUGCCGAGGGGAAGCUGUUGGUUGUGGACAGGAAGGAGAAGCGGACAAACACAAGGAGAGCAAAAACAAGGCUGUGAGAAGUUCCAGCCUGAAACUAGAAGUCUGUGGGAUGUUUUUGUUUUUUGUUUUCCUCCCCUGUUUUCUGUUGUGGCUCUGAGGUGAAGCGCAACAGUUUGCUUAGUUGAGAGGCAAAGAAGACGGGAGAAAACGAGAGCCAUGAAAGGAAUCCGUUUAAAACCGAUUCCCGGGUUAAAGGUGUUGAGUUUCUUUGCUCCUCUGUUUGGCGUAAUUGAGUAUAAAUAUAUUUAUUCCUGCUGUGCUGUCAGCCAGAGAACAGCAGCAGCCGACCUGCUCUCAAAGAGCUCCUGUCUCUGUUUUUAAUUAUUAUGAUUAUUUAAACUUUUAACCAUUCAUAAUGUGAUUUCAUUUUCAUAUAUAUAUAUGUGUGUGUGUGUGUGUGUGUGUGUGUGUGUAAAACACGAGGGCUCUCCAGCAGUUUUGUUUCUUCUUUGCGCUUUGUAGAGGAGCUCAUGCCUCCAGCCUAACACACACACACACAAACACACAAACACACAAAUCCUGGAGUGACUUGGUUUUCUUGGAAGCAUCAGGAGGAAGUCGUUAACCUGUUUGUGUUGGACGCGGCUCAAGAGCAGGCAGCAUCAUAUGCUCCGUCUGCACGCACAUGCCAUCUCAACAAGGAUUUUUUUUUAUUUUGUUUUUUUUGUUUUUUUGUUUUGUUUUUAUUUUUUUUAAACUUUCACAUUGCUCACUGACAUUCCGAAAACUGCGCGUCAUUCCGUUUCGUGCGUUGCCAGUGCCGUUACCGGGCCGAGCCCGCACAUCCAUAACUCUAACUUUAUGGCUCACUAAAGAGCUUGAACUCCUUAAGAUCCUGUCCUUAGGGUUCGCUAACCCCCCCCUCCCUC